UCGUUUCCGGUGGAGCCGCCGCGGAGCCGCUAUCGCAGACUAGAGCGGGGCUGGAAGGGAAGCGCCAGGACCGCUCAGCCGGCCGUAUCCUCGCACCCGCCGCCCCGUGUCCCUCGCCGCUCGUCCCCAGGCAGCCAUGGCGUCCGGCAGCACCACCAGCGAUGAGGAGCGCAGCCUGCGCGAGUGCGAGCUCUACGUCCAGAAGCACAACAUCCAGGCGCUGCUCAAGGAUUCGAUCGUGCAGCUGUGCACCGCGCGGCCCGAGCGGCCCAUGGCCUUCCUCAGGGAGUACUUCGAGAGGUUGGAGAAGGAGGAGGCAAAACAGAUUCAGAAUCUGCAGAAAGGAAGCACUCGCGCAGAUUCGAGGGAGGAUGAGAUCUCUCCUCCUCCCCCCAACCCAGUGGUUAAGGGCCGGAGGCGACGGGGCGCCAUCAGUGCCGAAGUCUACACGGAGGAAGAUGCCGCGUCGUAUGUUAGAAAGGUUAUACCGAAAGAUUAUAAGACAAUGGCUGCUUUAGCCAAAGCCAUCGAAAAGAAUGUGCUCUUUUCACAUCUUGAUGACAAUGAGAGAAGUGAUAUUUUUGAUGCCAUGUUUCCGGUUUCCUUUAUUGCUGGAGAGACCGUUAUUCAGCAAGGUGAUGAAGGGGAUAACUUCUAUGUGAUUGAUCAAGGAGAGAUGGAUGUCUACGUCAACAACGAAUGGGCAACUAGUGUUGGGGAAGGAGGGAGCUUUGGGGAACUCGCUCUGAUCUAUGGAACGCCUAGAGCAGCCACUGUCAAAGCAAAGACGAAUGUGAAAUUGUGGGGUAUCGACCGAGACAGCUACAGAAGAAUCCUCAUGGGAAGCACGCUGAGAAAGAGGAAGAUGUAUGAGGAGUUUCUUAGUAAAGUAUCUAUUUUAGAAUCUCUGGACAAGUGGGAACGUCUCACAGUGGCUGAUGCAUUGGAACCCGUUCAGUUUGAGGACGGGCAGAAGAUUGUGGUGCAGGGAGAGCCCGGGGACGAGUUCUUCAUUAUUUUAGAGGGUUCAGCUGCUGUGCUACAGCGUCGGUCAGAAAACGAGGAGUUUGUGGAAGUGGGAAGAUUGGGGCCUUCUGACUAUUUUGGUGAGAUCGCGCUCCUGAUGAACCGGCCCCGCGCUGCCACGGUGGUCGCCCGCGGCCCCUUGAAGUGCGUGAAGCUGGACCGACCCCGAUUUGAACGUGUCCUCGGCCCGUGCUCAGACAUCCUCAAGCGAAACAUCCAGCAGUACAACAGUUUUGUGUCGCUGUCUGUCUGAGACCUGCUGCCCGGGCCUCCUUGUCGCCCUGUCCCCGGUCCCGGUCUGUGCUUCCCUCGCGCAGACGGCUUUCCCCCUCCUGGCAGCACGGCGGCUUCUCGUCUGUUUCUAUUAAAAGUCGCUUUUCUUGCACCGUUUUUCAUUUGGAGCGUUGACCGAAUAUCCCUCUGCAGUUAAAUAAAUAGAAAGAGUCCCGUGGAGACCUUGCUGUUCCCGCUUCUCUCUGCGCAGUGUUGGGGCCCAGCCCGGGUGGCGCGGCUGCUUCCGGGCCAGGCCCCCCGCGCCACUGGGCUGCCAUAGAGCAGUGGGGUGACGGUGCAGGGGCUUCUGUUUCUAAGUGACACGACCUUCCAGUCAUAUAUUUUAGACUGUGGCCAUAUAUGCUGUACUUCCUUAUAGAAUAAAUGAUUUCUCAUUAAGCUCUGAGGAUUAGGAAAAAACAGAUCUAGAAAAAUCUUAGUAUAGUAGAAAGAUACCUGCUUGUACUUCAGCUAGCUUAAGGGUGGGAUGAUGCCCAUUUUUGCUAAUUAUCGGACGGACGCGAUCUGUUGAGGUCUUUUUUUUUCUUUUAA